AUGAACCCGCUACGCUUUGCCUCAGCCCUUCUUAUCUCAGGAGAGGACCAUCUGCUCAUUCUCCUGACAGACGUCUAUGGAGCUCAGCACAACCGAGGCAGCCUGGAGGCUGAAAAGCUGGCCUUGCGGCUGGCAUGGAGCCAGACCGGCGGGAGGCAGAGGCCUCAUCCCCCUGAGAUGAUCCAGCAACAAAGGCUUCGGCCUCAGCACUCGGCUCCAGCUGCCAUGAAAAGCCUUGUCUAUUGGAGAUGGCCCACCCGUGAGGCCACACCACCUCAUCCCUGGUUUUCCAAGAUAGCUCCAAGCUGGCCUCCUGCCAGCCAGAGCUGCCCCAGCAGAACUAACUGGCUCUAUCUGGUUGUGUCUCCAGAAAACAGGUUCUUCAUCACAUCCCACGGUGGGCUGUACAUCUCGGACGUGCAGAAGGAAGAUGCUCUCUCUACCUACCGCUGCAUCACUCAGCACAAAUACAGUGGGGAGACUCGUCAGAGCAACGGGGCUCGGCUCUCUGUGACAGACCCUGCAGAGUCCAUCCCCACCAUCCUGGAUGGCUUCCACUCCCAGGAAGUGUGGACUGGCCAUGCAGUCGAGCUGCCCUGUGCUGCCUCUGGCUACCCCAUCCCUGCCAUCCGCUGGCUCAAAGAUGGCAGACCCCUCCCUGCUGACAGCCGCUGGGCUAAGCGCAUUACAGGGCUGACCAUCAGUGACCUGCGCACUGAGGACAGCGGCACCUACAUCUGUGAGGUCACCAACACCUUCGGGUCAGCAGAGGCCAACGGCGUCCUCACAGUCAUUGACCCUCUUCAUGUGACCCUGACACCAAAGAAGCUGAAGACGGGCAUCGGGAGCACGGUCAUCCUAUCCUGCGCCCUCACCGGCUCCCCGGAGUUCACCAUCCGCUGGUACCGCAACACAGAACUGGUGCUGCCCGGUGAGGCCAUCUCCAUCCGCGGGCUCAGCAAUGAAACUCUGCUUAUCUCCUCGGCACAGAAGAGCCACUCGGGGGCCUACCAGUGCUUCGCCACCCGGAAGGCCCAGACAGCGCAGGACUUUGCCAUCAUUGUGCUGGAAGACGGCACGCCCCGCAUCGUCUCAUCCUUCAGCGAGAAGGUGGUCAACCCCGGGGAGCAGUUCUCAUUGAUGUGUGCCGCCAAGGGCGCCCCGCCCCCCACGGUCACCUGGGCCCUGGACGACGAGCCCGUCGUGCGGGAUGGAAGCCACCGCACCAACCAGUACACCAUGUCCGACGGCACCACCAUCAGCCACAUGAACGUCACGGGUCCCCAGAUCCGGGAUGGGGGCGUGUACCGGUGCACAGCGCGGAACUCGGUGGGCAGUGCUGAAUAUCAGGCGCGAAUAAACGUAAGAGGACCCCCCAGCAUCCGGGCAAUGAGGAACAUCACGGCAGUCGCCGGGCGGGACACACUCAUCAACUGCAGGGUCAUCGGCUACCCCUACUACUCUAUCAAGUGGUACAAGGAUGCCCUGCUGCUACCAGAUAACCACCGCCAGGUGGUGUUUGAGAACGGGACCCUCAAGCUGACGGACGUGCAGAAGGGCAUGGAUGAGGGAGAGUACCUGUGCAGUGUGCUCAUCCAGCCGCAGCUUUCCAUCAGCCAGAGUGUCCAUGUGGCCGUCAAAGUGCCCCCUCUGAUCCAGCCCUUCGAGUUCCCCCCUGCCUCCAUUGGCCAGCUGCUCUACAUCCCCUGUGUGGUGUCCUCGGGGGACAUGCCCAUCCGCAUCACCUGGAGAAAGGACGGACAGGUGAUCAUCUCAGGCUCAGGCGUGACCAUCGAGAGCAAGGAAUUCAUGAGCUCCCUGCAGAUCUCCAGCGUCUCCCUCAAACACAAUGGCAACUACACUUGCAUUGCCAGCAACGCAGCAGCCACCGUGAGCAGGGAGCGCCAGCUCAUCGUGCGUGUGCCCCCUCGAUUUGUGGUGCAACCCAACAACCAGGAUGGCAUCUAUGGCAAAGCUGGUGUGCUCAACUGCUCGGUGGAUGGCUACCCGCCACCCAAGGUCAUGUGGAAGCAUGCCAAAGGGAGUGGGAACCCUCAGCAAUAUCACCCAGUGCCCCUCACUGGCCGCAUCCAGAUCCUGCCCAACAGCUCCCUGCUGAUACGCCACGUCCUGGAAGAGGACAUCGGCUACUACCUCUGCCAGGCCAGCAACGGUGUGGGCACCGACAUCAGCAAGGCCAUGUUCCUCACAGUGAAAAUCCCAGCCAUGAUCACGUCGCACCCCAACACCACUAUUGCCAUCAAGGGACAUGCCAAGGAGCUGAACUGUACCGCGCGUGGCGAGCGGCCCAUCAUAAUCCGCUGGGAGAAGGGGGACACCGUCAUUGAUCCCGACCGUGUCAUGCGGUAUGCCAUCGCUACCAAGGACAAUGGCGAUGAGGUGGUCUCCACGCUUAAGCUCAAGCCAGCCGACCGUGGGGACUCCGUGUUCUUCAGCUGCCAUGCUAUCAACUCAUACGGAGAGGACCGGGGUUUGAUCCAGCUCACUGUGCAAGAGCCCCCUGACCCCCCAGAGCUGGAGAUCCGGGAGGUGAAGGCCCGGAGCAUGAACCUGCGUUGGACUCAGAGAUUUGAUGGAAACAGUAUCAUCACCGGCUUUGAUAUCGAAUACAAGAACAAAUCAGAUUCCUGGGAUUUUAAGCAGUCCACCCGUAACAUCUCCCCAACCAUCAACCAGGCGAACAUCGUAGAUUUACACCCAGCAUCGGUGUACAGCAUCCGCAUGUACUCCUUCAACAAGAUUGGGCGCAGCGAGCCGAGCAAGGAGCUUACUAUCAGUACAGAGGAAGCCGCUCCCGAUGGGCCUCCCAUGGACGUCACCUUGCAACCAGUGACUUCACAGAGCAUCCAGGUGACCUGGAAGGCACCAAAGAAGGAGCUGCAGAAUGGAAUCAUCCGGGGAUACCAGAUUGGCUACAGGGAGAACAGCCCCGGCAGCAAUGGGCAGUACAGCAUUGUGGAAAUGAAGGCGACGGGGGACAGCGAGGUCUACACGCUCGAUAACCUCAAGAAGUUCGCUCAGUACGGCGUGGUGGUCCAAGCCUUCAACCGGGCCGGCACGGGGCCCUCAUCCAGUGAGAUCAAUGCCACCACCUUGGAGGAUGUGCCCAGCCAGCCCCCAGAGAAUGUCCGAGCUCUGUCCAUCACUUCUGACGUGGCUGUCAUCUCCUGGUCGGAACCCCCACGAAGCACCCUCAACGGGGUCCUCAAAGGCUACCGGGUCAUCUUCUGGUCACUCUACGUUGAUGGAGAGUGGGGCGAGAUGCAGAAUGUCACCACCACAAGAGAGCGAGUGGAGCUGCGGGGUAUGGAGAAGUUCACCAACUACAGCGUCCAGGUGCUCGCCUACACGCAGGCUGGGGAUGGUGUGCGCAGCAGCGUGCUCUAUAUCCAGACCAAGGAAGAUGUUCCAGGCCCCCCUGCUGGCAUCAAAGCUGUCCCUUCAUCAGCUAGCAGUGUGGUCGUGUCCUGGUUGCCCCCAACCAAGCCCAAUGGGGUGAUCCGAAAAUACACCAUCUUUUGUUCCAGUCCUGGGUCCGGCCAGCCGGCUCCCAGCGAGUACGAGACCAGUCCUGAACAGCUCUUCUACAGGAUCGCCCACCUGAACCGGGGCCAGCAGUACUUGCUAUGGGUGGCUGCGGUCACCUCUGCAGGCCGGGGGAACAGCAGCGAGAAGGUCACCAUCGAGCCUGCUGGCAAGGCCCCAGCAAAGAUCAUCUCCUUUGGAGGCACUGUAACGACACCCUGGUUGAAAGAUGUCCGACUGCCUUGCAACUCCGUGGGAGACCCAGCCCCGGCUGUAAAGUGGACCAAGGACAGUGAAGACUCAGCCAUCCCCGUGUCCUUGGAUGGACACCGGCUCAUCCACACAAACGGUACACUGCUGCUUCGCGCUGUGAAGGCUGAAGACUCCGGCUAUUACACCUGCACAGCGACCAACACCGGUGGCUUUGACACCAUCAUCGUCAACCUUCUGGUACAAGUUCCCCCAGACCAGCCCCGCCUCACUGUCUCCAAAACCUCCGCCUCUUCCAUCACCCUGACCUGGAUUCCAGGGGACAAUGGGGGCAGCUCCAUCAGAGGCUUCGUGCUGCAGUACUCUGUGGAUAACAGCGAGGAGUGGAAGGAUGUGUUCAUCAGCUCCAGCGAGCGCUCCUUCAAGCUAGACAGCCUCAAGUGUGGCACAUGGUACAAGGUGAAGCUGGCGGCCAAGAACAGUGUGGGCUCUGGGCGCAUCAGCGAGAUCAUCGAGGCCAAGACCCAUGGGCGGGAACCUUCCUUCAGCAAAGACCAACACCUCUUCACCCACAUCAACUCUACACAUGCUCGGCUUAACCUGCAGGGCUGGAACAAUGGGGGCUGCCCCAUCACAGCCAUUGUCCUGGAGUACCGGCCCAAGGGGACCUGGGCCUGGCAGGGCGUCCGAGCCAACAGCUCCACAGAGGUGUUUCUGACAGAACUUCGAGAGGCUACCUGGUAUGAGCUCCGCAUGAGGGCUUGCAACAGUGCCGGCUGUGGCAAUGAGACCGCCCAGUUUGCCACCCUGGACUACGAUGGCAGCACCAUCCCCCCCAUCAAGUCUGCUCAAGGAGAAGGCGAUGAUGUGAAGAAGUUGUUCACCAUCGGCUGUCCGGUCAUCCUGGCCACCCUCGGGGUGGCGCUGCUCUUUGUUGUAAGAAAGAAGAGGAAGGAGAAACGACUGAAGAGGCUUCGAGAUGCAAAGAGUUUGGCAGAAAUGCUGAUAAGCAAGAACAACCGAAGCUUUGACACUCCUGUGAAAGGGCCACCCCAGGGUCCACGGCUCCACAUUGACAUCCCGAGGGUUCAGCUGCUCAUUGAGGACAAGGAGGGCAUCAAGCAGCUGGGAGAUGACAAAGCCACCAUUCCUGUAACCGAUGCUGAGUUCAGCCAAGCUGUCAACCCACAGAGCUUCUGUACUGGUGUCUCUUUGCAUCAUCCUGCCCUUAUCCAGAGCACAGGACCCCUCAUCGACAUGUCAGACAUCCGGCCAGGAACCAAUCCAGUAUCCAGGAAGAACGUGAAAUCAGCCCACAGCACCCGGAACCGGUACUCAAGCCAGUGGACCUUGACCAAGUGCCAGGCCUCCACCCCUGCCCGAACCCUCACCUCCGACUGGCGCACUGUGGGUUCCCAGCAUGGUGUCACUGUCACUGAGAGCGACAGCUACAGUGCCAGUCUAUCCCAAGACACAGACAAAGGGAGAAACAGCAUGGUAUCCACUGAGAGUGCUUCCUCCACCUAUGAGGAGCUGGCCCGGGCCUAUGAGCACGCCAAGCUGGAGGAGCAGCUGCAGCACGCCAAGUUUGAAAUCACAGAGUGCUUCAUCUCGGACAGCUCCUCGGACCAGAUGACCACGGGCACCAACGAGAAUGCCGACAGUAUGACGUCUAUGAGCACACCCUCAGAGCCUGGCAUCUGCCGCUUCACUGCCUCUCCACCCAAGCCGCAGGAUGCUGACAGGGGCAAGAACGUGGCUGUGCCCAUCCCUCACCGAGCCAACAAGAGUGACUACUGUAACCUGCCACUGUAUACCAAGUCAGAGGCCUUCUUCCGGAAGGCAGAUGGACGGGAGCCCUGCCCUGUGGUCCCACCCCGAGAGGCCUCCAUGAGGAAUCUGACUCGAGCCUACCAUACCCAGGCCCGGCACCUCACUCUGGACCCUGCCAGCAAGCCCUUGGGCCUCCCCCAUCCAGGGGCCACCGCUGCCACCGCCACGGCCACCUUACCUCAGAGGACUCUGGCCAUGCCGGCACCCCCAGCUGGCACGGCACCCCCAGCACCUGGCCCUACUCCCAGUGAGCCCUCUGCUCCUCCUAGUGCUGCCCCUCCGGCCCCCAGCACUGAACCUCCACGGGCCGGAGGCCCACACACCAAAAUGGGGGGCUCCAGGGACUCACUACUCGAAAUGAGCACCCCAGGGGUGGGGCGUUCUCAGAAACAGGGGGCUGGAGCCUAUUCCAAAUCCUACACCCUGGUGUAGGACAACUGACAUCCGGAGAAGGGCUCCACACUGGGACCUCUGCACCUCCAGCCCUCACACACCAACGUGGCUGAAUUAUUUAUAUUAAGUUCACAGACAAAAAAAGAAAGACGUCGUCAAAAAGAAAUCCCCAGUCAUGAACACUUGUACAUAGAACUCUUUUGUACAAAUGAAACUAUUUUCUUCUUCUCCAUGAAGCCAGGGCACAAAACAAGUCAAAUCCUCCACCCCACGAAAUACGCGUGGAGAGAUAUAUACAUAUAUAGGCAGAGUGGGACACAGCGACAAUCUAUAUAUCUAUAUAUUUCUCUCACCUUCUUUUGAGACAGAGGCACAAAGACAGCAAUUUUUCUGCCCUCCUCACACCCCCCCUCCCAACUAGGUGAUUUUGACAAAGACCAAAAUCCCAGCUCAGAGACACUGCAUGCGAUUUUACUGUUCCAAGAAAACCGGGAGUUGCUUCAAUUUGCAGAUGCUUAUGUGCUAAUACCUUUUUCUAUGAAAAAAAGACCCAGCGCCGUGUGCAAUAAAGGUUAUGUUUCUA